GAGGUGUACACGCUCAUGGAAAAGUAGGACAGGGAGUCCAAAAGUUUAACCGCCUUGGAAAAAAUAAGAUAUAAAGCUGGACGUAAAUUGAGGAAUUUCAAGGCACUUCUUUUCAUACCUGUAGUAGUGCGGAAAAUCCACCGUGUCUUUAUCCCUUUCCUCCCCUUUACCCUCAUUUCACCUAUUUUAACUACCCCAUGUCGCUCAUUUCCUCCAUUUUCACUUUGUCAACCAUUGCAAGCGCCAUGCUCUUGCUUCCCAUUGACGCUGCUGGCGUGCAAAACCUCAUUGGCAACUCACUGGCUGCUCAAACCACCACUGAAUCGUCAGCUUCAUCAUCUGAGAAAACGACCACUCCAGCUCAGCAGACCACUACCACCACCACCACUGAAGCAACCACCACCACCACCACAGAACAACCCACUACUACAGCAGCGCCUGCGACGACCACCACCACGGUUGCUCCAGUCACCACACCUUCCGUCGUGUCAGUAAGCUCCGUUGCUCUCACGUCGUCAUCCGUUCCUGCCACGAGCUCCUUCCCUACCACAUCCCUUUUGACGACCACUUCUCUUUUACCAUCGUCUUCCCUCGCAUCGUCCUCCAUCUCGUCUGCAACUCCUACCCCCACCGCUGCUAGCGACAAUUCAUCUUCUUCAUCCAAUCACACCGUUCCUAUUGCCAUCGGUGUCGUUGUUGGUGUCGUUUUACUUGGCGCCGUUGGCUUCGCUUAUAGAAAGAUGAGGUCCCGUCGUCAACAGAGACAACAUGCAUGGGAAGAAGAUUUCGGACCCAUGACUCAACCCAGAGAUAGUACUUACGGCAUGUACGAUAACAGUGACCCUUUCAAAUCCACAUUGGAUCAAUACCAUAGGACUCCUGAUCAGCCAGUGUACGGUGAAUAUCACCAACCUCAACAAAACUACCAGCAUACGUACUAGUACAGCUCAUCCCUCUGCACGCUUUGGCUGCAAUCCUCCCUUUGUACGUGUCUCCGCCUACGCAAGCUUCCGUGCAAUCCUCUUUUUUAUUUUUCUCUCUUCUUUACAUGAGAGAACAAAAAAGAGAAUUGCGCGCCAUGUAGUUGUCCCAUAUCGUUUA